GAUCCUAAAUGACCAGGCUGCCCCUCGCUGUGGGUCAAGGCGCCAGGCCCAACCUCCUAGGCCUCCACCACUUCCCCCACCGGGAUAUCCCGACCCGCCCCAGCGCUCGCUCGUCUUCCCCGCGGCAGCAGAAGCCGCAGGCGCUUCGGCGGCGACGGCGGCAGCAGAAGCCGCAGGCCUCGCCUCUUCAUCUCAUCUCGCACUUGCCCCGCCCGGGAUCCCGCCCCGCCCCAGCUCGCCCCUUCGUUGGUCUUCCCACGGCGACGGCAGCAGCAGAAGCCGCAGGCCUCGUCUCCCUUUCCGGCGGCCGUACUUGACGAAUGCGGGAUCAGGGAUGGAUCUCCACGCCGGAGCAAAGAUGGGUCUCAACGCCGCGGCGGCUGCCUUCUACGCCUUUCCAGUACUCAUCUCUGUGCUCACAGUCCGCUUCUUCUAUGUGCUGUGGCACAGUGGCCAACCAGUGUCGAGGCCGCGUGCCACUGGAUUGCGUUGUCUCAUAGUCCUUGGCUCCGGAGGGCAUACCGCAGAAAUGAUGAAUAUUUUAACAACACUUCAGAAGGAUAGGUUCACACCAAGAUACUAUGUGGCUGCACUUACUGACAACAUGAGUCUUCAAAAGGCACAGGUCUAUGAACAGUCACUUAUUCAGAGCGAUGGAGCGAAGACUGCCGAGAAUGCUCAUUUCAUGCAGAUAUACCGUAGUCGUGAAGUAGGCCAAUCUUAUAUUACAUCCAUCGCAACUACAUUGCUAGCCACAUUGCAUGCUAUGUGGCUAGUAAUAAGAAUCAGACCACAAGUGAUAUUUUGCAAUGGUCCAGGGACAUGCUUUCCUCUAUGCGUCUCAGCUUUCCUUCUGAAGGUGCUUGGUUUGGGAUGGUCCUCCAUUUUCUACAUUGAAAGCAUUGCAAGAGUGAAGAAGCUAUCACUGAGCGGUUUACUGUUGUACAAGCUACGGAUAGCUGACCAGUUCUUUGUGCAGUGGCCCCAGCUGCAGCAUAAGUAUCCUCGAGCAUGCUAUGCAGGUCGUUUGAUGUAAAGGCUUGACCAUAUCUGACAUUGGGAUAUUGAGCAAGAAUCUCUUCUUCAAAGCAGAAUCUUAAAUCAAUGAGUCCUGAUAUACACCCUUAGACGUCGAUGCACUUACUCCUUAGUCUAUUUGGAGUUUGUGUCUAAUGACUUACUUGAAAGAUUCGUGCAUUUACAUAUACAACUGACUAUACUACUACUAAUAAUAGUGACUUUGGUUCAACUUCGUA